UUUUUAAAAUAGAAGCUGCUGCUCUUCCCUUUAUAUCAAUUAAUCGUACGUUGUCCUUCUCUUGAAAGACUUAUAUAGGCGUGCACACGUUGUCCGCGGCAAGCACCAGGUGUCUUUCUGGACUUUUAAGUUCUCAUGAAACCUUUUUACAGCGGCGCAUCAAGUUUCGACAAUCGAAAUUGCAAUAAAGACGCAGCGAGCGAGCCCUUCUUCACAUUCACGCUAUAUCUACUUCUUCCACAUUCGAGAUAUCAAAUCGACACAAUGCUAGACGACUGCUUGAUACGCGCAUCUGACAUUGCUGGUACAGCAGGCCCGAGUUGCCUAAAUUGUGGUGGUUCUGUACGACUGUCUUGUGGUUUGAAAAGUCGAGGAUACGGGCGGGAAGAAUAAUGCCGACGCUCCAACCAUUCAGUCGCGCGCCGACUUUCAAAUGUCACAGAGUAGCAGCGGAACAGCACGACAACUGACGACUAUCGGGGAGAAGGAACCUGGUGCACGCGGAUAUGUUACUGUUCAUUGUGGGCUCGACCCUUGCCGCCCUUCUUGGUCUCGCUCUCGUCAAGAAGAUGAGCCUGGCUUGCCUCGUCAAGAGGAUCUACUAUGAGCUCCAAUACAAUAUGAUAGGGGUCAAGGGUAUCGUCCUCGACCAUCUACAGGCCAGCUCCAAUCGCACGGAGCUGCCGCAAUUGACAGGAAAAAUAGCGAUCGUUACUGGUGGCUCUCGGGGCAUGGGUACAGAAGUGGUUCGAAUGCUUUUAAAAUGCGAUAUGACAGUUAUAAUUGCUUGUCGAAGUACGUCAGCAGGCGAAAAUAGCGUCAAACAUAUAAGAGAAUCCAACAUUGAAACUGGAAAGACGAUUGUUAUGGAACUUGAUAAUUCAAGUUUGGACUCCGUUAGAAGAUUCGUUAAAGAAUUUUAUAAUAAAUACGAUAAGCUUGAUAUUUUGAUAAACAAUGCUGGAGUAAUGUUUACUCCUUACAAAGAAACCAUAGACGGUUUCGAGGAGCAAUAUGGUGUGAAUUAUUUAUCGCAUUUUUUACUUACAAUAUCAUUAAUUCCAUUAUUGAAAAAUGCUGGGACUUCCGAAUAUUACUCACGAAUAAUUAAUGUCUCGUCAUGUGCACAUUUAAUAGGAAACAUUAAUUUCGACGACAUUAACCUCAAGGAAAAUUUUGUCACGGGUGAGGCUUAUGCACAAAGUAAAUUAGCUCUAUUAUUAUUCACAAAAUUUCUGUCAAGGUUCUUUGAAACAAAUAAAUUAUAUAUAAGCGUAAAUGCCGUUCAUCCUGGAAUUGUCAAUACCGAGCUUUUUGAAACGAGUUAUCAUAAAUAUUUAAAAUUUAUUAGGAACCUGAUUUUUAAGAAACCAGAAGAAGGUGCUACGUCGAUUGUGUUUGCAGCAGUCAGUCCGCAAAUAGAGCAAAAAUCUGGAAUAUAUAUUAGUAAUUGUCUUGAAUCUUCGGUAAUGUCACUCGUUCACAAUAAAGAGCUUCAAGAUCGACUUGUUCAAUUUUCACUUAAACAAAUAUAAUCAAUUAUACUAUAAUAAUUAUAAUUGCAAUAUAAUUAUUUCGAUUA